UGUAAAAGUAAAUACGAAUAACUAAAAAUAAUAACUUUCAUGUUCUAAAGAACUUUUUCAAAGUGCAAACUUUGAACUUUUAUAUUAAUAUUAUUUUUUUUAUUGCCCAUUGUCACAGCAGCAAACAAGUCUUUUAAAUCAAUUCCGUGGUCUGCAUUAUCAUUAAACAGCUGUGCGGUUUACGCCGGUAGUAUCGUUGAAACAGCUGUUGGUAGGGAAAUGUGUAUUUUUUUGUUCUAAUUUGGAAAAUUGUAUGUAGUUUUACUAAUUAAGUUUAAAAUAUGGAUGACCCGAGACUAAUGGUUGACGAGGAACCAACCAGAAGGGAGCUGAAAGUAUUUGGACGUGAUGUUUCACAAAUACCGUGCUUUCGUAAUAGUUAUCUGUACGGUAUUGGUGGUGGUGUUGCGGUAGGCAUUGCUACCUUCCUGGGCACAUCUCGUACUCGGCUGUCGACACAUGUAGGUUUUGGCACAUUUUUCACCAGCACACUUKGCUAUUGGCUGGUUUGCAGGUAUCAGUGGUCCAAAAAACGUUUUGAGUAUCAACAGUUAAAGGAAGCUAUGCGUAAACAGGGUCUAUACGAGGGCACCGACCUAGAACGACAGUUGCUGGAAGAGGCAUAAUCUGAUUUUCUCAUUUAUUUGACAAUAGAAUUUUGUAGCUAACUAAGAACGAAUAUGUACAUAGAUAAUAUUUAAGAAAAUUGUUACCUAGCAUUUGUAAUUAGUGUUUACAGAAGCUUUUUUGCUCCUUAUAUAAUAUGACCUUAUGUUUGUGUUUUGUGACAAGCUGCUAACAAAAAAUUGCUUUUAUUAAAAUAUGAUUUCUUUCAAUGCGUAUUUCUUGAAAUGAA